AUGAGUGUUGGGUAUCCAAGCCAAGCUAAUGGCCCUGAUUGCGUGGAUCGAGAAUUGAGACGUUGUCCGCGACAGUUGCCAACCGGUUACGCAGGCGGUGCCAGGCCAAGCUCUUCCGGCCUCAGGCUACAAACCUGCGGCUCAGGUCGCUACGGUCCGCCCGAUGACCACACCUCACCACUCGGUCACUUCAUUUCAGGAUAUUCUGAUUUGUUCUCUUCCGGAAUCCCACGGCCUCUCCGACUUCGAUCUCGAGUCUUACUACGGGUGAAUACCCUCAUCUCCACUCACAAAUCUUCCCUCCAGCUGUUUUAUACACCAAUUGGCUGUAUCUCCUCCGCCAUGCUGUACCGCGCCCCCGCCGCCCGCUCCGUUCUCCGGGCCAUCUCGAGCUCCAAUGCCUCUCUGGCUCGCUCCGCUCUGGGUAACCCUAUCUUCAAGGCCCAGCUGACCUCGUCCGCCCGCGCUAUCCGCCCGGCCGUCAAGCCUAGCUUCGCGCUCGCCGCUCACAAGCCCGUCACCACCGCUCUGGUCCGUUAUGCGUCUUCUUCCGCCAAGGAUGGCGAGGAGGUCGACAUGAUGGCUGGUAUGAAGUCUGAGGCUAAAGUCAUCCAGGACACCUUCAGCUUGAAGGACGUCCCCAAGGAGGCUCUUGCUCUCGGUAUGGCCGGUGUCAUUCCCUACCUGGCUACCUCCCUCGAGACCGUCUACCUCUCCUACGAGAUCAACCGCGCCGCUGCUCUCGGUGAUGGCCUGAUCUUCUCUGGCCAGAGCGCCGAGCUGAUGCUGCACAUGCUGGAGCCCAUCCAGGUUGGCUGGGGUGCCGUCAUCCUCUCCUUCCUCGGCGCCAUCCACUGGGGUCUUGAGUGGGCCGGUUACGGCGGCAAGUUCGGUUACCGCCGCUACGCUGCCGGUAUCAUUGCCCCCGCCGUCGCCUGGCCCACCCUGCUGCUCCCCGUGGAGUACGCUCUGAUUAGCCAGUUCCUGGCCUUCACCUUCCUGUACUACAACGAUGCUCGCGCUGCCGCUGCCGGCCGCGCUCCUCACUGGUACGGCAUGUACCGCUUCGUCCUGACCUUCGUCGUCGGUGCCAGCAUCGUCGCUACCCUGAUCGGCCGUGAGCAGAUCCAGCAGAGCCUCGUCUCUGAGCACACUUUCAAGGACAAGAUCAACGCUCUGAUCUUCCUCCAGAAGAAGGAGAAGGAGGAGGCCCAGGCUCGCAAGAAGGCCGAGCUUGGUCAGGAUGAGGAGUAA